UAUCCCCACAGCACAGCUCGAUCUGCACGAAGAAGCCUAAAAAUCGACAAAUUAAAAUUUCUUUCUCUCAUUCACCACAACCAUCAUCUUUAAGAUCGAUGGAGGAUUCAGAGAUUCAUGUGAUGAGCGAGAUUCAUGUGGGUUGUCCAGCCGCCACUAUAGGACCCUCUCUUUCCAGCUUCACCUUCUCUGAUCAUUCGACUAUUGGUGUUGAUAAAGAUGGUGACCUUCUUCUUCCUAGGAGAAGAACCAGUAACAGCCCAUCCUCUCACGGGUCGUCGUUUACUGUCACCAUUCAGCAUUCUAUCACAUCAACCCUCCCUGAUGUUGGUCUGCAGGUUUGGAAAUCAGAACUCGUCUUAUCAGAUUUUGUAUUGCAUAACAUGUCUCUACUCAAUGGCGUUGUGUGCCUUGAACUCGGUGCUGGAACAGGGCUGCUCGGUAUAUUGCUUGCACGGGUGGCCAAGGCAGUUUUCCUUACUGAUCACGGAGACCAAAUUCUUGGCAACUGUGUUCGGAACGUGGAAUUGAAUUCUUCCCUCUUUCACCCUCAAGCUAUUGUAAAUGUUCGUGACCUCAACUGGAUGAGCCAAUGGCCUCUUCAACAAGAUACCCAUCCUCAUCCUAAACCGUAUUGUUGGAGCUUGCACGACUUUGAACAAGUCAAAAGUGCAAGCUUCAUUUUUGCAGCAGAUGUUAUCUACAGCGAUGAUCUAACCAUAGCCUUGUUCAGCAUGUUAAAGAGACUCAUGCCCUUGGGUUGUGACAAGGUACUAUAUCUGGGUUUGGAGAAAAGAUACAACUUCAGCCUAGACGAUCUCCAUGUUGUUGCCAAUGGCUACGCAUGCUUCAGAAGAUACAUCAAAGAAGAAGAUGGCCUUUGCGAGCAUUCCGACAAGAAGAGUUUUGUGGGCAAGCGCAUCGACCUCAAACAGAUCCCUCAGUACACCAAGGGCUACGAUAGAGGAGAAGAUGUCGAGCUUUGGGAGAUCAGAUAUGUACGUUAACACUCUAAUGCAUGAUCCAUUUCAUUUGCCUGUAACAACAACAACAGUUCAGAAAGAGGUAACAGACAUCUAUAAGUAUAAAGAAGAAAAACAAAACAAGAGAACAUUAAAAAGAUACUUGCUGGAAAUCAUCCAAAGGAAGAAGUAAAUACAUAGAAUUUUAGGCAUUUCCUUGGAUGGGAUUCUCAGACAUCUAUAAGCUUUGUCAGUGAGUAUAGCGAAUGGGACAGAUAAGAAGAAAGAGUGGAGCUCUGAAGAAUCUGGACCGGAGAAAGAGUGAAAAAAAGUUAAUGCUGAUCCAAAUAACAUUUUAGUUUAAUCAUCAGAUAGAUCUUGAGGUUGAGGAACUCGGCAAAACAAGCUGAUACUGAAAAGACUUUGGCGAGUUUCCUAGUCUAUUUUUCAUAGUUUUGACACUCCUCUUUGUAUCUUUAUGUUGUUUCAGUUUUGCUUAAA